GAGUACGGGUACAAUCCUUGUCGCUCCUUCUCGAAGGGUGGUCCCUGUACAGGUGACAAUGUAGCUGUAAGUAUUUAAAAACUUCCUUUAAGAAUGAUGAGAAUUCUUGACAGUGAGAAAAGGAUGUAGUUAAAAUGGUAAAAAGCUCUCUCUCCAAUUAUCGGUAAAUAAAAUUGUUAAGAGUGAAUAACUCAUUUUAUGCUCUGAAAGGCAAAACCACAACUACGGACCAAAGAAUUCCGGUAGAUUUUAGAUCUGGAACAAAAACAUGCAUGAAAAAGCAGCAAUCUGCUCCUAAAGUCAAAACAGUAAAGAGAAAUGGAGAUUUUAAGAUGAAACAAACUCGAUGUGCGCAAAAGUGUAGCGUGAUUCACGUAUCAAAGGCAUUUGUGAGAUUAAUGAAGGCGUUUCAUUGAGGUGCAGAAAAAUGUUCUUCUUGCCUUGAGUCAACUGAAAUUUUGCCCGACCAAGGUACGCUUCUAGUCAUCGACAAAGGUCCAUGGCGUCAUUGUAAAGAUAAAGCGUUCACAAAAGCAUCAUCUCCGAAUAGUCUUCAAAGUUUUUAAAGUAUGUAAAGAAAACUAACGCAAAAUUUGUAGACUGAGGGUUUUUUUGCAUCACUCACUUCUUUGUGCGACCUCUAUUCCUCUAAGGUUUGUCGGUGGUAUAAAGAUGGAGUAAGCCCCGGGGAUUACAAUGUCAUAGGAUGUCAAAGCAAUUUUGUCUGUGGAACCGACACAAAAUCUAACAAGCCGCAGCUGGAAUACACCGCCAUUAAGUAAGUAAUAUCUUUGUGUUUGAGCAAUUACUGUCAAGCCCUCAGCCUGUUGAGCUCGCAUUUCCGCGUGUACAUAGAAAUAGAAUAAAGCUUGGUCAUGUGACUGGAUACUGGGAGGAAAUCAUAAGAGGCUUUCCGCAACGAUUGACACUGGGAUUACUAACUUGUUACUUAUUAAGGCCGGUUUCCACAAGCGACGGAGUCGGAGUCGGAUUCGUGAUCAGAGGCGUAAGACUUAACGUUCUACUGAAAACGGCGUUGUUAUUCCGCUUACGACUCCGUCGCUUAUGAUCAAGUGAAAACUAAGGUUAUCGGAGUCGCAAGCAGAAGGGGGAGAGCUAAACCAAUCACAAAGCGUGGGAACGUGUAUUGUGAUUGGUUUAUUCUUCCGCUUCUUCUUCCGGCUUCGAUAAGCGCUGUUUCGACUCCGCUUACGACUCCGACUCCGACUCCGACUCCGUCGCUAGUGAAAACCAUCCUUAAAUGUAUAUCAAAACGACGUUUUCUCUGUGGACAGAAGAGUCAGCUAUCCACAUUCUUCUAGAGAAACAGAUAAAGAAAUACGCCACCAGCACAUCUCCCAUAAUGCACCUUAUUUGCCCCUUAAGAUUUUGCAUAAGCAUUGUUUUCAGUUUCUCCUGGAAUGGCUGUAAUACCCAGGAGAGAUGAAAAACAAAGGUUAUGCAAAAAUUGGGGAGGGGAGGGGCAAUAAGGUGCCUUAUGGGAAAUGUGCUAGUGCCGUAUGGAGGAAAUAGAUACAGACGGAAAAAACCUCGGCAAAAGUGUUGAAAGGAUAACUUUCUUAAAAUAAACCUUUUCAAUAACAAACUCUGACUGAUUAAAAAUUAGGUUAAAAAACGGGCUACAGGUUAUGAUAAAAGGGAUAACAUUAGACCCUUCUAGGUUUUUGUUUUUGUUGUUGUUGUUUUGUUUUGUUUUAUUUUUUGUUGUUGUUGUUUUUGUUUUGAUUUGUUUUUUUAUGUUUUUUGUUUUUCAUUUUUUGAUAAAAAGAAGUGAGCGAAAAUUUGAUUGACAUCCCUACGAAUAUAUAAGUCUGCUGUCCUCCCCUACUUCUCAUACUGCGGGUUAACAUGGCAC